AUGGCCACAGUUACACGUAGCAGUAACAGCCCAUCGAUUUCACUAACUUCAACCCUGGAUCCAAGUCUUUUCCCAUUGAAAUCCAUCAAUGAUGUUGUCAACUUUUUCAAACGAUCCCUAGAACUGUACCACAGCCAUUGUGUGGAACCUGAUUUGACGCUGCUGUCAAUUGUGGCCGGUUACAUUGAAUUGUCGUUGACAACGGGCGAUGCAGCUCAGGCGGCCCAGGCCAGCCUUAAUUCAUCGACAACAACAUCCUCUCGGCCCAGUCCGACUUUACUGCUUUCCCUAAUGUAUCCUUAUUUAUUUUCUUUUUUCAUUGCAGCCAAUUGCGACAUUAUCAACAGCAAUUCCGUUCCCUUCCCUGUCGUCACCUAUGAACUUGUUUCGGGACUAUAUAAAAAAUUCCAAAGCAUUCUAUCGAUAGUGGAAAAGCCAAAAGUCUCAUCAACAUGCAAUAGCCGGCAGGCUACCCGUGAAGUUAUCAAAAAAGUGUCCGAUGUUAUAUGGCAUUCGUUGAUACGUAGCAGUUACAAAGAUCGUGCUCAUUUACAAAAUCUCUACACAUAUCUAUCGGGUAAUAAGCUGGAUUGUUUUGGGGUGGCAUUGGCUGUGGUGGCCGGAUGCCAGCUGUUGGGAUAUCGUGAUGUACGUUUGGCCAUCUCCGAGGAUCAUGCAUGGGUUGUAUUUGGUAAUAAGAAAAUCGAAACAAUAGAAGUUACCUGGCAUGGUAAGGGUAGUGAAGAUAAGCGAGGACAAGAUAUAACGGCGGGUAUUGAAUCGGGAUCAUGGUUAUAUUUGGGUGGUUAUCCUGUUGUGUGUGAUAAACCAAUGGAGGUGGCGGCCAUCGCCUCGGCCAUAAAUAUUUCGCUGUCCAGCAAUAGUGAUUGUGUCGAGGUGGCUGAAAUGCAACAACGUUUAUUGUGGAUGCUGUAUGAUAUGGGUCAUUUGAGGAAAUAUCCCAUGGCGAUUGGAACUCUUGGUGAAUUGGAAGAAAUUAAUCCCACACCGAAACGUGUUUCCUGUGACCAACUAUACCGCGAAGCAAUCGAAUCGGCCAGAGCCCAUUAUCAAAAUCACCACGUUUAUCCGUAUACGUAUCAAGGCAAUUACUACAAUCGUUUGAAUAAAUAUCGUGAAGCCUUUGCCGCCUGGGCAAAUGCUGGCGAUGUUAUACGCCUCUACACCUAUCAGUGUCGGGAUGAUGAAGAAAUCUACAAAGAAUUGCUGGAUAUAGCAAAUGAAAUGAUACCCUACGUUAUGAAAACCGAAAGUUCUGGCCACUCCGCCCGCAGUAUACUAAGGGAUCCUGAGGUGUUUGCCAAUCUUUUGCGAUUCUAUGAUGGCAUUUGCCAAUGGGAAGAGGAUAGCUUAACACCGAUACUGCACAUUGGUUGGGCAAAGCCAUUGGUUAAUAAUAUUUGUAAAUUUGACUACGAUGUACGAUCACAAGUUAUAAUUAAGGUACCCGAAGAUGAACCGCAGGCGGUUCAUCACCGUAGUAUGGCGGCGGCAUCAUCGACGACAACCAUGGAUGUGUGUAGUCGAGAUAAUGAAGAGGCUAUAAAUGAGGCUAAAAUAAAUAAUUUAAGUGAAGCAGCGGAGGGAAAUAAUAAUUCGAUGAAAAAGGAAGAGCAUACAAAUGAUGACAACAAAUCACAAAUGCCCACCACCUUAUUGGCCGAUUUGACAGCUGCUUGCGGUGAAAAGAUUUUAAAUCCUGACUUGUUGUUGCAGGGAUUGCGACAGGUAUGACAUUUAAAACAAAAUGAACAGCACAAAAAUGACCUAUCAUCCACAAUUGGUGGCAAUACAUCAUUGCGACAGUCAAUACACCAUUCGCUAACAAACCCCCUAUCUGCAAGAAUACCGCCAGAACCCCCCCUAGAUGAUGAUGAUCCAUUGAAACAUAUGUUCAAGACACCUGUCAUUACGCUCUACAGUCAAAAGAUGAAAGGUCUCAAGGAUUUGUUGUUGGCCGAAAAACUCAAUACCCAUGCAAUAUCAUUGCAAGUGACCGCACAAUCGGUGGCUAGCCGCAAGGUGCGUGGUGUCGAUAAGCUCGGUAAUCAUACAACCAAUUCAACAUAUUCAUCGGCAAAUGUGGCAGCUGGUACUGCAUCGUCGUCGGCAGAUACAUCAGCGGCAAGCGAUUCAAUUGCCGUGUCGCGACCAAAACGUACACGACGUGAAUGAGUUCAGUGUAGCAAUUACUGCUGUGACAGCGGGCUGUGUCAGUGGUAA